CACACCCACACAUUAGCCCCCUGUAACAGACUCAGCAGGCAGUGACAGCAUGAACGCGCGGCUCUUGGCGCUGCUGGGCGCGGCGGCGCUGGCGCACUCGGCGUCGGCCACCACCACGUGCCCCGUGUACGUGCAGUCGCAGACGACGUCGACGCUCACGACGCCCAUCACCAAGAUCGUGUCGUCCACCUCGAGCGCCAGCGGCAGCAGCAGCGAUGGCGGCACCUCCACCUCGUCGACCUCCGGCUCGGGCAGCAACUUCUCGGACGCCGGCAGCCAGGACGGCACGCACAACGCCGACGUGGGCAGCAGCUCCAGCUCGUCCACGUCUACGGCCGCCGGCUCCAGCGGCGGCGGCACUUCCACGACCACCACGGGCAGCGACGACUCGACGGGCAGCGCCGGCGUCUCGACGACCACGACGCCGUCGUCCACCACCAAGACCCCGUCGUCCACCACGGCCACGCCGUCCACCACGACAGCGGCCAGUACCACCACCGGAAGUGCGUCCACUACGGGGACGACGGGCACGACGACGACCACGGCUCCGGCUACAGCCACGACCACUACGUCGUCUGGAUCGUCGGGUACUGCGGCGGGAACCACGGCGUCGUUGACUCUGGGCGUUCGUAAGCUGCAGGCGACGGCAACCGGAACUACCACGACGACGACCACCACAGGCUCGACUACAGGAACGACUGGCACAACCGGCACCACGGGGACAACCGGUACGACAACUACAGGAACGACUGGAACGACCGGAACGACGACGUCUACGACUGGCACGACGACGACGACCGGAUCCUCGACGGGCACGACAUCCACCACGACGGCAGGCUCCAGCUCGUCGACGGCUUCCGUCGGCUCGAGCUCGUCCAGCUCGGACGUGCUCACGUGCGACAGCACCUUCUACUCGACGUGGGACACGCUCGGACUCAGGUGCGGCGGCUCCAGCAUCGACGUGAGCUCGGCCGUGUCGGCGUCCAGCUGCGUCAUCUACAGCGGGUCCGCUGGCUCGACCUCGGGCUCCACGUGCGUGUCCAUCUGCUCCUUCCCGGCGUGCACGAACGACAAGUGGGUCUACGGCGCAGACAACGGCAUCUCGUCGUCGGUCUACGACGGCCUGAGCAUCGAGUCGUUCCUCUCGAGCGAGGUGAUCGCGGCCCUGGAGGAGCGCUCCUCGACCGUGUCGACUUUCCUGUCCAACUCGACCAUGUCGGACUCGGAGCAGUGCACGUACUCGUCGGAGUCCUCGUUCUCCUCCUGCACGUGCUCGGCCAUGCUGGUGGACAGCUCGGCCUCGGGAAGUGUGGCCGACGCUGCCAAGAAGCAGCAGCGCGAACAGGAUGAGGCGGACGGUGUCAUUACCAAGGACAACACUACCACUACAGGCACUGUGGUAGCGGCUACGUCGAAGAGCGUUGCCGGCGUGACGGUCGCUGUGACGGGCAUUGCCGCAAUCGCCAGUACUGCUGUGGGUGGAGUCAGCUCUGCGGGUGCUUCUCUUGCGGCCGCCGGCUCUACGAUGGCGAUCACGACCAUUGAAAUCUGCCAGUUUGGAGUGUUCGUCAACCAGCUGCAGCUGGAUGGCAAGUCGUCAGCUCUGUCGCAGUUCGGCAAGUCCAUGGCCCCUGCGGCCUUCACGUUCCUGCCGUUCGGCAAGCUCAACGAGUCCGAGUCCGACAGCAGCAGCUCGGGUAGCGGUAGCAGUAGCACCUCCGGUCGUCGACUUUCGAGCGCCAGCGGCGCUAGUGGCAGCGGCAGCUCCAGCAGCUCGAGCCAGCUCACGGGUAUUGCCAAGUACUCUCGCCAGCUGAACGUCCAGGAAGACAUGCUGUUCAUCGUGACUUUGGCUGGUGUUUUCUGCGUGAUGGCGUGCGUGGUGGGUCUGUUCGGACUUGGCUACCUGCUUUCUGGUCUGUUCAUGCCUCGUGAGGAGUACCUGACCAAGUUCUUCGACAAGAUGAUCGGUCUGGAGGUUCUCGUGGCGAUCCUGUCCCAGUACACUAUCGGUGUGACGGCCACGUUCCAGAUCUACUACUCGAUCAAGUAUGAGAGCAUCACGGACCCCAAGUGUCUGCUCGCUAUCGCCGCCAUUAUUUUCCUGGCUGCGGGUAUUCUCGUGUACGGUUACAUCGUAAUCAAGAAGCACGAGGCCGAGAUCGCUGAUGUGGGCACGGUGCAGCACCUGAAGAAGACGGUGAACAUGCGUUACGGCCCGUUGUAUGAGGAGUACAAGUUCAAGAACCGCUACUUCUUCGCUGCCAAGAUGAUGCUUGCCCUGACGACGGGUGUGAUCACUGGCUGCGCGGGCAUGUCUGGCACGACGCAGGUCUCUCUCAUUCUUGCGCUGAACGUGCUGUUCUUCUUCUACCUGGAGAUCCAGUCGCCGCACCACUCGAAGUUCGUGCAGACCACCACGAGCUUCGUGUCCAUUAUGAAGAUCGCCGUCCUCGUGCUGACGUUUUUCCUCGUCAGCGCUGCCGCCAGCGACGGUUUCCCGACCAGUCUGCAGAACGGCAUCUCGGUGGCCAUUGUGGGUCUCAACCUGUUCGUGCUGGCCCUGCUGAUGAUCCGUUCGCUGUACACGUUCUGGCAGAAGUUUAAGCUGCAGCGUGAUGCGGCUUACGACCAGGAGGAGCAAACUGCGCAGGACUACUUCAAGGACGAGACGCCUGCUGGAGGCAAGGACCGCGCCCCGAGCAACGCCCAGCACCCUUCGGGCCAGCCGGUUCUCCAGCAGCAGACCUCGAACGUGAACAACAACCCGUACGUCCAGGGCAACGCAGCGGUGGACAGCGCGGACGAGAUCCGUCUGCGUUCUGCCACACACGAGAACGACAGCCGCCAGCAGCAGACGUAUGAUGCCAGCCGCCGCUCGGCUGCCAACCACUACAUCCAGGAGGAUCGCAACACGUACGGCCAGCGCCGCAACGACGUUGUGGAGCUGUAG